AUGGAGGAAGGAGAACCCGGAUUGCUUUAUGCAUUAUUCACGCAGUUUUAUGCACUAAAAGAAGGUGUUGAUAAAUUUCAUGAAGUAAAGGAAUCGGCAGGAGCUUGUGAAAUCCAGUCUUUUUCUGUUGCACCGAGAGAUACUCAGGUGGUGGCUGGAAGAGACAAAAUUCUACACUGCCAAGUGCUAAAUCAAGUGGGUGCAGUUCAAUGGAGCAAAAAUGGAGUUCUGUUAGGUUUUGAUCCAGACAUCCCUGGCUACAAUCGUUAUCGUAUGGUUAGCAAUUCGUCUCUGGGAAUUUUUGACUUGCAAAUAAAAGACGCGAAGUUAGAAGAUGAUGCUGAUUUUGAAUGCCAGGUCGGACCAGCUGAAGAUCAACCACCAUUGUUUGCAAAAGCUCAUCUUACUGUUUUACUGCCUCCAACGUCGAUUAAAAUCGUUGAUGUUUCUGAUAUUAGUGAUGCUAAUGAAAAGCAGAUAAAGAUGUCAGAGAGCUUGUCGAUAGUUUGUGAAGUGUCUGGUGGUAAACCUGCUCCCAAAGUUUUGUGGUACAGAAAUACUCUCAAGUUAUCAGAAGAUUCUAUAGAGACGCAAAUAUCUGAUGGAGAAGAUGGUCGACAAUCAGUGAAGUCAACACUGAGAUUGAAUCCAUCACCAGAUGACAACAAGUCUUAUUAUUCUUGCGAGACUUUAACUUCGUUCCCUUCUCCAAGAUUAAAAGCUGGAAUUUAUUUAGAUGUUUUGUAUCCUCCAGGUUUUCCUACUAUCGAAGGAUAUAGAACGAAUGAAAAAAUCAGAGCUGGAGAUUCUGUCAACCUUCGCUGCAUAUCUCGAGGUGGUAACCCACUUGCUCGUCUCUUAUGGACUAAAGACGGAGAAUAUAUUGAUCACUCUUAUUCCACUUCCGACUGGGAAGCUACGAAUGAAAUUUCUUUUGUUGCUAGCGCUUCGGAUGACGGUGCUGUUUAUAAGUGUUCCGCUUCCAGUGUCAUGACUUCUGAGCCUAUGGAGAAAUCUGUCACUCUUAGUGUGCUGUAUUCACCAUCAUCUACUACAAUAAAAGCCCCAAAAGAAGCCAAACCUGGUGACGUGAUCACUGCCACUUGCAAAACAGAAAGAAGUAAUCCCGCUGCAGAAAUAACAUGGGUCGUUGACGGACAACCUAUGGAUUCGGAAAACAUUAUAGAACCCGACGCCAAAGGCGGAUGGAUUACAACGUCAAAAAUAAAAAUUAAUGUAACAGAACAG